AUGUGGAGGGAUACCGGAGUCUCCGCCGAUGAUUUCUACACCGUGCGGGCGGAAUGCGAGGACGUCCCCAAGACCCGGUUUAAGAUUAAGGUGGGAGGAUAAUUUUCCAGGCAUUUUUCCUGUCUUUUGGAAUUCUUCUGUAAGAUCGCUCUUCGUGAUUUUGAUAUCUGCUUCCGUGUUUAUCUUGAUUGCUGAACCUUUCUUGUCAUGGAACUCCCGAUAUCUGCUUCCGUUCUUCGCGAGGGGCAGGAGGGGGGUUCUUGGUACGUUUGGAAGAAGAAUAUAACCGUCCGUAUUUCUGUGAUUGAGAUAUGUUUUAAAUUUUUAUUUCUUCAUGCAAGGGGAAAAAUUCGAUCACUAAAAUCUAGUAUUAUUUUGAAUUAUCGAAAUGCAGUUUAUCAUCCGCUCAAACCGCCGCCUCGUGUGCUCACAUGAUCGCAUACUAUUUUAUAAACUAAUUUUUUUUCUUUGAUUACUUAUGCCAAUAAGAAUUAUGUCCUGGAAUUUGACCAUUUAUAUGCUUUUUGAGAAACAUUCGGACGUAUCGAUGGUACGUAGAUCGUUUAUAUUUAUCUGUAGACAUGUCAUGCAAACGUGUCCUUGUUGUUGACCCUCCCUGUACAUAGUAAGUUUCCACUGAGGUAAGGAAUUGCAUGUCUUAUGUGCCACUUUCUACUUGUAGCACUAAUAUUGUUCUGGUUUUUUAUUUAGGCUGGGAAAACUCUAAGUGCCCGGAGGUGGCAUGCUGCAUUUAGUCCCGAAGGAUACUUGGACAUUGGAAAGACACUCACUCGUAUACAACGAGGGGUGAGUGCAUUUUCUCUAUGAAUCUUCUAGUUUCAAUAUAAAUCAUCAACUAGUUGAAUAUUCAGUUCAUACCACGAAAUUUUUUAUGAAAAUUGCAAUCAUUCUUCGCUUAACUGUGUUGGGUCAUUUAUGAUUCAUUAUCAUUGAAGCUUAUGAUCCAGGGUAUAUACUUUGAGUGAUUUUCCUGUCUCCACAUGAAGUAUCCUAUGCUUUGCAAAAGCUAAGGGAAUGGGGAGCAUUUGGUCCUAAUAAGAAGCAGGCAGAAGCAUUUAGUCCAUGUAAUGAUUUCUGUGAAUGAACAUAGGGAGAUGCACAGUAGAUAUAUUGCAUUCUUUUUUUACCUAAGUUUGUUUUAAUAGCCCAGAAGAAGCAAUAGCUGAUUUUGGAUCCCUUGGCUCAUUAUUUUUUUUUCUUUGACUUCUUUAUUAUAUAUUUUUACGUAUGUCUUAGUGCAAUCGCUGAUGCCAAACACUGAUGAGAUUUUUUAUGGGCGAUGUUAAUUUUGCCAAGCAUAUAAUUAACGAAUAUUUUAAUGCUAAAAUCGUCCAAUUAGGGUAUUCAUCCGUUGAUAAGAGGGGAAGUUUGGGAGUUCUUGCUUGGUUGCUAUGAUCCUAUGAGCACCUUUGAUGAGAGAGAUCAACUAAGACAACAUAGGAGGUAAUCCUCUUUUUUCCCUAUCUAACUUUCUUAGAACAUUCUGAAACUGCUAUAUGUUGAUCUAUUUUGGUUGCAUCUUCUCUCUGAGUAAUUGCCAAAUAAUGUAGAGGGCUAGAUGUUAGAAGUUGAAUUCUGUUUAUGUUUUCUUCGUAUGGGUGAAUUUUAUGGCCUUGGUAAUUGCCACUUACUGAAACCAUUGACCAAAUUUGUCUAGGUGUUAAGAUACGAAUCAACUCAUGCCUGUCUACAUGGAUAUACACCCAUUUCUUUCUGUCUUCCUGUCUCCAGUGAAUCCUUGAAAUCUUUUCUCCUUCUUUAGUAAUAUGCUAACUGAUACAUCUGGAACGCACUCCGAUAAAUAAUAAUAUAUUCUCAAACUGUUUCGAGAAGCACUGUUUUUAGUUAGGUGCAAAAUACAAUGUUUCCCUCAUAUUCCUGCGUAUUUUCAGAUCUUACUGAUUAUUGUGCCCACCCUCACAUAUACAUGUUAAACCAUACUUUUUGCCUGAAUAUUCUGGUUUUUCUCAUGUCAGCCAAUAAGAGUCAGAAAAGAGACUAGAGCUCCUGAUUUGUGAUGGUCCUGGUUCACCUUUUCCCAUGUAGACAGCAAUAUGCCAGGUGGAAGGAAGAAUGCCGGGAUAUGGAUUCUGCUGUUGGAAGUGGACGCAUUAUCACGGCACCAAUAAUUACGGAGGAUGGUGUACCUAUUCAGGAUCCAAUAGUGCUCUUGGAAGCUAACACUAAAAACGGAGUUCCUGGAAUUCUGGGAUCUCAGAACACUGAAGAAGUUCAAGAGCUUCUGGUGGGUGAUAGAGAGAGUAAUUCAAGACUGGAAACCCCUAUUGGAAUUGGAAAGGAACCAAAAGUUAACGCUCCUUUGGACAAGAAAGUAAUACAGUGGAAACUUACCCUGCAUCAAAUUGGUAAGUAAUCAAGUCAUGAGAGAAUUCCUUUCCUGCUCGUUGCAUUUUUUUUUAAUAUGGAUGGCUUCAAGUUUUUGUUCUGGAUCCAUUAGAAACCCUCUUCAAAUGGUUCUUAUUCUCUUUUUUUUUCUUUUCUAUUGACUUGUCAAUGUUUAUGUAAAAAAUUAUUCUAUUAUUUUUAGCUUCUACAUUUGAAUUAGUGCGACUGCUUUUGAUUCUUGAUAUUUUCGGAGGUGGGCUGAGGUAUAAACAUGACUGAUUGUCAAUUUUCAUUUGUUCAUAAUCACCCAAUCAGCGUUUCCCUUUAUUGCCCUACUAACAGAUGUUACAUAAUUCAAAGAUAACUCGAGUUUCAGAUCUUGACUUUUAUGUUGUAAAAGUUGUGUUCAAUGAGUUUCAACCAUUAGUUCCAUGGAGCAACAAGGUUUGUUACUAAUCAAUGAUAAAUCUUUUAGGGCUUGAUGUGGUUCGGACUGACAGGACACUAGUAUUCUAUGAAAAGCAACAAAAUCUGUCAAAGCUGUGGGAUAUUCUUGCUGUUUACGCCUGGAUAGAUAAAGACGUUGGGUAUUGUCAAGGUAUGUUAUCACAUAUAAAUGUUCUAUGAGCUUCAACAACAUUAUCUUUCAGAUACAUGGUUGAAGUUUUAUCCUUAACUUCCACUCGUGCUGUUUGCUUGUGCUAUGGUUGUUCAAAUUGAAACAUAUUUCUUCAUUGAAAAUUAAAUAUUUUGAUAUAUCUCUUUCUGUCAUCUUCUACUGCAAGAAAUUAAGUAAUUGUUUGGAUUUGAACAGGAAUGAGUGAUCUUUGUUCCCCGAUGAUAGUGCUACUUGAUGAUGAAGCAGAUGCAUUUUGGUGCUUUGAGCGUCUGAUGCGCAGAUUGGUAGACAUCUUGACAACAUCCAUGCCACAGAGCUUGUUGAAAUUCUUUUGAUUUUUUUUGUCUACUUUCGUUUUUACAAGGAAUCUAAUAAUGAACCUGAUAUUAAAUUUAGGAUACUUUACAUCUUGAAUGCUGGUGUCUGUGAUGAUUGUUUUUUAUUUAAUGAAGUCAUUUGGUUAUAUUAUCAGCAUCACUGACACGAGCUGUUGCUUUACCUCUUUAUUUCACUUUAUUUCUCAGUAUGAAUGGCAUUCAUAUCACAAUUAAGUUUUUUGGUCCUUAUUUUGGAUCACUUUUACUUCGUGCUAAAAUAUUUGUGCCUUUUGUAUUAGGUUAAAUUUGCCACUUUUGAACAUGAAUUUUCUGUGAUCGUUUUCAGGUUUUAGUUUUUUCUUUUGGAAUGUUGUUGUCUUUUCUGGAGGGAAAAAUAAGACUUUGGAACCAUGAGCAAUUAUUUUAGCAUAAAUUUAUAGUUAGAAACAGUUAGAGGUCAAGUUCUGCUGUAUUGUUUUUACUCUGUAAAUUAUGGUUCAGAAAUGCGUAAUUUAUACACUUUGACUUUUUAAAUUUCCUCGCUUACCGGUUUCACUAGAUGUGCAAUGAUGUCAAACACCAUGGGCUAGGCAUCCUUUCACUAGAUCUAAAGACUAUUUUGUCCCAGAGAAGGCUUUCCCAUAGGAGCUGAAUAUUUUUAGUAUUUUGAUGAACCGAGAUAUGCAGCCUUGUCUGUAUUUCCUUGGCAAAAGGAAAACAAAGGAAAAAGAAGGCAAUGGCUUUUGUAUAAUUUCCUAUGACUUGUCCUUCACAGUUGUUAAAAUUCUGUGAUACAUAAUCUACGAUUUUUUGAUAAUUUUUUCUGUAAAUUUUGAAAUGAACUAUUAGUUUGUAUUCUUUAUUUCUUUUCUGGUUUCUUAUAAUGUUUAUUGUCAUUUGAAAAUUUAAAGCGCGGAAAUUUUAGAUGCACAGAGAGAUCUGUUGGGGUGGAGAACCAACUUCAGAGUCUAGCAUCGGUCACUCAAGUCAUUGAUCCAAAGCUUCAUCAACAUCUAGGUGGGUAGAUCUUGUGUUUAUGUACGUGAUAACAGGAUCUCCGAUUAAUUUUUCAUAUUCAUUUUAUUUUUUAUUUUAUAUAUGAAGAUACUGAUUUACUAUAAUUCUGUGCUGCAAGUAUAGUUUUAUUUACUAUAAUUAUAUUUCAUCAAGGAGGACAUUUUACUCUGUCAAGUUUUAUUUAUUCAGCCAAAACAUGGGCACACAUGAAGCUUGUCCUUGUAAGAUUUUUCACCCCUUAGUGACUGUGCCGCUACUGGAGGUGGCAAGAACAAGUAUAGUGUUGCAUGAUGGUGGCUCUUCUAUUUUCCUCUUUGAGAUGCCGUUUAUGUUUUUAGUUCAUGUAUUCUCUCAUGAUUUCACAACAUGAAAUUGACGGGAAAGCUUUAACUGAUACUAGGAUAGCAACUGUGAUAGUUGUAGAUGAUGAUAGACAGAUGCCAUAAAUCACAGAGGUUGUGGGUUGAGAUCGAUUUCCUUCAUUGAUGAGUUUUUAUGCCUUCAUUGAUGAGGAAAUGAAAAUUGGAGAAAAUGCAAACUUGUUCAUGUCUAAGUGAUGGACAAAUCGUCUCACCGAUUUUUUCAGCUACUCUCAAGAGCAAUAAAAAAGAGGAAGACAAUCCCUGAGAUGAGGAUUAGAUCCUUUUGGAAAGAUACUUGCCGGGUAUGUUCUUUGACAGAAGCUUAAUGGGUUGGGUGAAAAGCAUACGAUGAUUGAAGUAACUGAUAAUGAGGUAAUCCAAGUCAAAUUUCAUGGGUAUAAGUGAGUUUUUACAAUUGAGUUUUCAUGGGAAUAAACUGUCCAGACUUCCAUAUUAGGGAAAACUAAAGCUGGAGGUUCUUGAUGGUGCUUUAAUUUAAGUUGUGGAAAGAUACUUUUUGGAUUGGCAUUGGGAAUCCGUUGGGGAGAAGGAAUAAUACGAACUCUAUCUUUAAAUUGAUGGAGGCAUGUGAAACUUAGAUAUCACGUAGCUUCAUACAGAAGUGUAUGGUUAAAUAUAAAAAUAAAAGUGGACCAGGGAAGCAGGAGACUAUGUACUCCAUCCAUCAACAAUGUUAUGAUAAAUUCAAUGAGUCUAGAAAUUGAUGUUAUUGAAUUGGAAAAACAUUUUUCAAAUUUUCUAAAACUAAUGAAAUUUUCAGGCAGCUAUGCAAGUUAGAGAUGCUGAGAAUAUCAUUUUAUUGUUGCUUCUGAGGAUAGGUGUAGCCAACUGAUGAUAGAUUACGAGGAUAUUCACACGAAAUGUAUCUACCAGUUUUUUUUUUAACACAAUUAUGAUAGAAAUCUGCAAGACGCAAUGUAAUUUCGUCAUAUUUUACUCUUCUUUUGAAAGAAUCUUGCGUUGAUUCCAGAAAAUACCAUAGGUCUGUAAAUAUCCGAACAACCGUUAUCAAUGUUAGGGUCUCCUCUACAACACUGAUGAGGAAUGUGGUCCUAGAAAAUAUUACGAGAACCAGCCGAUGUCUGCAUUUGUGUAUGAUUUUUUAUGCUUGUGUGAGUUCUUACUUCUUAUUGAAAAUGUUUUUUUCUGUUAAAUAUGUAAAUUACUUAAUGCUAAAAAGAAUGGUCUCACCACCAUUGGAUUCUCCUUUCCCUUUAAUGGAAAUUACAAGGUACUUUCCUAGUCCAAAUAGAUGAUUUAACAGCAGAACACUUUGCUUAAAUGUGAGACUGUACAGUGUCAGUCAUUUUAAAUGCCUAAGAACUGCAGGGAAUCGUUCUCCAUUUUUAUUCUGCUUUCAUUUGAAAAUUUCUGGAUGCCCUAUAAAUUAGAUUUCCAAAAUAUUGCAUUUUAAUUAGAAAAAAGAAAAUGCGAUUAUGAGCUAGAACGAGAGAUGGAAUAUAUAUCUAUUGUGUAAACUUAGGAUACGACUAGCUGUACCUUUUCGUUCCUUAACAUUUUGACUUAAUUUGCAUGAGCUUUGAACUCUAUUGCCUGAUAAGGAAUGUAAUUGGAAUUAUCCUUAUCUACAGAGGCGCUUGGUGGAGGUGAUUAUCUCUUUGCUUUCCGAAUGCUAAUGGUACUCUUCCGUCGGGAGUUCUCCUUUGGAGAUUCUUUGUUCCUGUGGGAGGUAAUCAUCCUAUGGAGUGAAAAUAGAUUUUGCUGCUGCAUUUCUCUGUCGGUUGUUUUUAUUUGUGUCUUGGUAUGAUAAUGUAUUGUCAAGACUCAAUCUUUGACGCAGCUGCCUUCAAGACAAGCUUAGUCAUAUAUAUCACCGUAUUUUUUUCAUUGAAGAGGAUAUUUUCCUAGUUACUUGAAAAUCAUAGGCUUAUCUGAAUAUUUUCUCACAGAAAGAUUGAGAAGUGAUUCAAGUAAAUAAUGAAUUACCCAUCCAAAUCAUGUGGUUCGGACCUUCCAGAGGAUUUAAUCUAUGCUUCUCAGGGAAAUAUCAUAUAUAUGUUUGUGAACUAAGAGGUGCAGUUUUCGUUCUUCUGAGUUUAGUCCCUUGGUUAAGUGUUAGAAUAGAUUUUUUGCUGAAUCGUAAGUGUGAAGCUAUUGGAUGUUUUGAUUUUAUUUCCUUUUUCUGGCAAAUGGUUAAAUUUAUGCGCUUAUCCUUUGGGCUACUCUCAGUACUUGACUUCGAACUCGUGCAUCACCCAUCUUUCGAAAGAAAUCUAUUUCCAUGGAGGAUCUUGUCCACCUUAUAUAUGUGCAGAAAGUUAAACAAACUGAAAUUUUGCAAGCAUGAAAUUUGUUCAGUAAUUAUGGUAUUUUUGUCUUCCAUAAGCUGCAAUAAAUAACUUAGUGUAAUUCCCAUCAUCCCUAUGAAACACUAAAUUAUUUAUUACAACAGCUUAUGGCUCUAUUCAUUUUGUCCAUGUUAUAGUCGUAUAAUAGACGAAUUUUAGGAAUUUUCUCUCAAAUAAUUCAGAAAAAUUUGAAUAAUAUUGGUUCUCUGGAACAGAUGAUGUGGGCUCUGGAGUACGACCCCGACAUCUUUUCUAUGUACGAGGACCCGGAUCAUUCCAAUGAAAGGAACGAGGGAUCAAAGGCAAAAGUGAAAUCCAGUCGCCAGUUUGGGAAGUUUGAGAGGGAGAACAUGAGGAAUAAAUUAAAAACCCCUGAAUCUCCUCUUCCAAUCUCCGUAUUCCUGGUUGCCAGCGUCUUGAAGCACAAGAGUUCAAAGCUACUGCAUGAGGCAAGAGGAUUAGACGAUGUUAUCAAGGUGAGAAUUGCUGUCAGGAGUUCCAGAUCACCUAGAUAAUCUAUGGCUUUAGAUUCAUCCAAUAAAGGGCGGAGUAGGUUUAUACCACUGAAAGCUACUGUAUGUUUUAAUCACUGAAGCAUGUUAAAUCCGAUCAUUCUAGACAAUCCUUGUUAUAUUUCCUGGUUCAAAUAUUUCUAAAACCGGACUAUGCCCGGAUUUCAUGCUGCUGAAAAUCUAUCAGUCUCCUUACAUCCGUUAUUUCCGACUAUAGAUUUUGAAUGACAUGACUGGCAACUUGGAUGCAAAAAAAGCUUGCAGCGGGGCGAUGAAGCUUCACAAGAAAUAUCUAAAGAAGGUGAGUUACCCACCUUGUAAAAUAUCGGUUGAUGUUCUCAUUUGCUUAUUUAGUAUUCAUCUUAUCUUAUUUCGUCUAAAACAAUAGUCAUAUAUAGCUGAAAUAGAUCAUGAAGACGCGGUUGAAAUUACCUAAGAUUGACUCCCUAAGAACAGAGAGAGAGAAAAUUGCAGUACUUGUACAUAUUCAGUGAGUCUACCAAGUUGUGCAGAUUUCUUCAAGUUAGGGAAAAAUCAUCAAGUAUUGGUCAGAGUUCAGCCAUCUCCGCUGGAAAAAAGCAUCAUGCCUCUAG